AUGAACGGCACCUCUGCUUUAGAUUGUGCAAUUGACUUCUUCCAAUCCUUUGCCAAUGCGAAUCCAAUAGAUGGACUCCAUGAAGUCCAUUGUCCACCAACUUCUGAACUAGCUAGACUUGAACGUAGCAUGGAAGAUCCUAUCAACCUGGAUCGCACCAGUGCAACUCAAAUCGCACCGCCAGAGCUUGAGAUCUAUCAGUCUCACAAGCAACCCUUAACUCAAGAGGCGCGCUUUGAGCUGGUGUUGUAUCAAUCUCACAAGCAAUCCUCAACCCAAGAGGCCCACUUUGAUGAUGAUACUCGAAAGCCUGACAGGAGAAAUGGUCCACCACCUUGCAACAGCUUUGAGCACGGAUUACAACCAACUAAGGUUGAACUGAAGAACCCAAGCUCGGCUGUGAAGUCUCAUGAACGCGAUUGGGAACGCUUUCGCAGCUACUUUGCAUGGUUGCCCAAGCUAGUCAUCCUGAAGAACUUGGAACACUACUCGGAAGACUCAACUCAACUAGCUACGAUAACUACUAUAGAUAUUACAGUACUGGCGCCAUCCAACUUUGUAUCUACUUCUAGAGCUAGUCACCAAAUCCGAGCCCCGCAAAUCUGCAGCUUCCUACUUGCUGGAAAGCACAGAUGCAGCACACGCCAUGGCACUGAAUCGCCAAGCUGCAAUGAUAGUAUCAUUGAGCGGUCUCCAGGCCUAUACCACCAAUGUGCUUGUAGCGGAGCUAACCAAAGUCUUGACUUUGAUGGCACAGGCACACAUGAGUUUGCUACAACUACAACCAAUGGUAUAGAUCUUUAUCACUGUGCAUUGGCAGUGAGCGACUCCCUCCAUUGGACAUAUAUUGAUGACUGGAAAACUUUGCCAAACUGUCAGCAUCAACAUCCAAUUUCAAAUUGGACGAAAGCAAUUUGA